AUGAUAGAAAAUCUUUUGUUGGUGAGCAUUCCCGACUUCUACAUGUAUGAAGAAAUUAUACGGGAAAAAGUACAAUGUGAAUCUGAAAUAGAUCAAUUGGAGACAUAUUAUGAAGCUGGGGGAGGAGCAAAGAAGAAAAGAUUGUUUGGUCUUGGAUCUGAAGCUACAAGUUACUUUGGGAAAAAACUGUGUGCCUGCAAUGCUUCCACAUCAUCAGUACCACCUUCGAUUUCUUUACCGACAACAAAUAUGGAGGAGUUGGUGAAGCAAUUGAUUCCGGCCCUUACUACUCAUUUUUUUCCAAUAGUUAUUGAGCGUGUUGGUGGUACUAGGGUACAAGAUGGGGCCGUGCUUGAUCCUCCUCCUACUCAUGAUGAUGAUGACGGUGUUGAUUUGUAG